GCGCGCUCCCUUUUUUACCGCCAUCAGAGCGGCGCGAGAGAGACACGCAGAUCCAGCAGGCUGAGGCAGAGUCUCCGAGUCCCGGCCUCACAGUCCCGCCUCAGACCGCUUCAUCUCCGCCUACAGAGUCUCCCGCACCCGCCGGAAUAAAAACAGACAUGGCCGAUCUCGACAAUAAAGAGCAGGCUGAGCUGGACCCAGCUGAUAUGGAAGAUGUUGAGGAGGUGGAGGAGGAGGAGACCGGGGAGGAUGUCAACAGUAAAGCGAGGCAGCUGACUGUGCAGAUGAUGCAGAAUCCUCAGAUCUUGGCAGCUCUGCAGGAGAGGCUGGACGGACUGGUGGGUUCCCCUUCCGGGUACAUGGAGAGUUUACCAAAGGUAGUGAAGCGACGUGUAAAUGCGCUGAAGAACCUGCAGGUGAAAUGUGCUCACAUCGAAGCAAAGUUUUACGAAGAAGUUCACGAGCUGGAAAGGAAGUAUGCGGCUCUGUACCAGCCUCUGUUUGACAAGCGCAGUGACAUCAUCAAAGCGGUGUAUGAGCCAACAGAUGAGGAGUGUGAGUGGAAGCAGGAGGAAGAGGAAGAGCUGACAGUAAGUAAGCAGGAGGAGAUGAAGGAGAAGGCGAAGCUUGAGGAGGAAAAGAAGGAUGAGGAGAAGGAAGACCCCAAAGGAAUCCCUGAAUUCUGGCUCACUGUGUUUAAGAACGUGGACCUGCUCAGUGAAAUGCUGCAGGAACACGACGAACCAAUCCUCAAACACCUACAGGACAUCAAAGUAAAGUUCUCUGAUGCAGGACAGCCGAUGAGCUUCACAUUAGAAUUCCACUUUGAGCCCAAUGACUUCUUCACAAACACAGUUCUGACCAAAACCUAUAAGAUGAGGUCUGAGCCAGAUGAGUCUGACCCAUUCUCCUUCGACGGGCCAGAGAUUAUGGGCUGCACAGGGUGUACGAUUGACUGGACCAAAGGGAAAAACGUCACAUUGAAAACCAUCAAAAAGAAGCAGAAGCACAAGGGUCGUGGUACCGUCCGAACAGUUACGAAAACUGUCCCCAACGACUCCUUCUUCAACUUCUUCACUCCUCCUGAAGUACCAGAAAGCGGAGAGCUGGAUGAGGACUCCGAGGCAGUUCUGGCAGCGGAUUUUGAGAUUGGUCACUUCAUUCGCGAGCGCAUCGUCCCCCGAGCUGUCCUCUACUUCACUGGAGAGGCCAUUGAGGAUGACGACGAUGAUUAUGAUGAAGAGGGUGAGGAGGCUGAUGAUGAGGAGGGAGAGGAGGAGGCGGAUGAGGAAAACGAUCCGAGCUAUGAUCCCAAGGUGUAAAUGGUGUGUAGAAAUAACCCAGUCCUGAAGGAUGCCAACCCCCCAGCAGAGUGUAAGCAGCAGUGAUGGAGCUCCACCGCGGUUGGGAUCCACUGCACUGUAACAGCUUCAGAAACAUAGUUCCUUACCGCCUUAUUAUAAUGUUUUGUAUUUUCUUGGUAGAAAUAAUUGAAGAUGAAGAGAUACGGUUUUUGUUACAGAAAAAAAAAAAAAAACACUGACUCAUUAUACCAGAGCCAUGGCUCGUUCAUCACUUAGUAUUUUACUAGACCGGUUUUCCUCUGUUCUGUUUGUUUAUUUUUCUUUCUGUAAAAUAGUUAGAAUGCUGAAACUCCCUCAAACGCAUGACACUCGUUUCUUCACUGCUAAAAAUAACUAGUUGGGUUCUCGUGAUGUCGUUUGUUGUAUUGCUCUUGGACAACAGCUGUGGAUGUGAGAUGCAGCGAAAUUAGAGUAGCCAUUCACCUGAUGGCACUGCCUGUGUUUUUUUUUUUUUUUUAAAUUGGGCUUGAUGUGUUGUAACAUUCCAUGUGCUAGAUUACUGCGAGUCAAGCCCUGAAUUGGUCAUUAAAUCUGGCCCAUCACAUUCCAGCCUGUGAGGAAUUGAUCCUGCCCACUUCUGGCUGUAACAUAAUGCCUUUAUUGCAACUAGCCCAAAUAGCUCCUUGUUUUGAUCCUUGGUGUGGUACAUGAUUGCAAUUAACUGCUGUGUAGAAAACUAUGUAGGGAAUGGAGAAUGGGGUGGGGGGGGUCAAUUGAGAUUCAGCUCAUUUUAGCACUUUUUCAUGGCGUAUGCUGAGGACGUUUUUCGGUUUUAGCCUGCAUUUCAGCACAGAGGGGGUUCUGCCCUGUUUAACCUGGGUUAAGUUUUAUUGGUUCAGUUUAAAUCAUUCUUAACCGGGUUAAAACUAGUGCUAAGUUAACACUUGUCAUGCUUAUUAACACUUGUGGUGGUUUUAAGCCCAGCUGUAAGUGUUGCUCGUGAUGAGUGUUCAGCCAGGCAGGACCAGUCACAAGAUUUUGAUUCUGAUUGGUUGGUGUUCAUCCAGCCUCUGUGUUGCAAGCCCGUCACUGUGAAGGGUUGUAUGUGAGUGUCUUUGCGAAUGUGUGGAAAUGUACAGUCAGGUUUUGGUAGCCUGUUCUCUUGUAGCCCAACGCAGCAGAAAGCAAUAGCACCCCUCUGGAGUCGACCCUAAGAAGCCCCUGUAGCCUGAACAGUGAGUGAAUGCUGCAGCUGUUGUCGAAGUGAAAUGCCAUGCUACAGAUACUAAUGUACUCAAUAACUGUACGUGGAUGUAUAUUCAUGAAAUAAAUGGGUUAAACAUCUGA